AUGACCACAGCCCAGGAGGACCAUUAUCAUCGUCGUCAUCACCACCACCACCACCAGCCACCCACCUUUAUUGCUAGUUCAAUGGCAACCGCCCCUGGUAUCAAACUCCACAAUUUGUCCCUACCCAACUUGAGUUGGGCCCACAAGAGCCACAACCACCGCCACCUGGCGGCUGAUCACGGCCGGGUUGAGAAGGACGACGUCGGUUUGGGCGGCGGGGGAGACGACAAGGAAGAAGAGAGGAAUGAGGUGAGGCAAUGGAAUUUGAGGCCGAGGAGAGUGGCGACUUUGCCGCCGCCUACCACGUCGUCGGGAGUUGAGAAAUUUCACGACUCUAAAACGGUGCCGUCUCGAAAAAUUAUUGACGACGCUGCUUCGGGUUCUAUGCUUAUGAAAAGCAGUAAUAAUAAUAACAACAACAAGUCCUCCGCCACGCGGGUCGGUGCAUUGGGCGGCGGCAGCGGCGGCGGCCACGGGUCGGAGAGGCAGAGGAAAGUGGUGGAGAGAAGGAAACUUUGGAUCUCUCUUUCCAAGGAAGAAAUUGAUGAGGACGUUUAUGCUCUGACUGGUUCCAGACCUCGCAGGCCUAAGAAACGACCCAGAACUGUUCAGAAACUGCUUGAUAAUGUUUUUCCGGCACUGUAUUUGGUCGGGAUGAGUGCUGAAUCCUAUAAGGGCCAUGAUCCUCAGAAGAGAUUCGGCGACGCCUCCUCCAACGGCGGCGCCACCGUUUCCAACAGACUCCCAGUUCCACACCGACAGCCUAAUUACACUUGCAAAAAAGUACAGGAAGCUCUAAAACAUCUGGCCUCAAUCGAUCCUCUUGAGUUGUGUAAUGCAGCUAAAGUUGAGUACUGUAGAGCUACUAGGGAUUUAAGAAGUUGCGGAAGAUACGUAAAGAGUGUUUUAAAGUCAUGCGGUCAUGCCUCCUUAUGCGAAGAAUGUAGUCAGCGCUGUGAUGUUUGCCCAAUUUGCCGAAUUCCUUUGCCCAAGGAUGGUGAUAGACUUCACCUUCGUCUUUAUAAUGAGUGCAUAGAAGCUUGUCUUAUAUCCAGAAGGUGUGAUGACGGAUUGCAAGAUAAAGAAGAUGGAGAGAAGGAACUUCUUCCCGAUGUCCAGCGUUUGUAUUCUCUGUUUGACGUUGCCCUGGAGAAUAAUUUGAGCUCUCUUAUAUGCCACUAUGUUACAGAUGUCUGCAUGGAUGAAAGUGCUGUAUCCAACGAUCCCGUGGUUGCCUUCUUACUGGAUGAAAAGGUUGUGAAAGAUUGGUGCAAGCGGACAUAUAAAAUUAUUCUGACGGAGCUUCAAGAGAUAUAUAAGUUAACGGUAGAAGAAUUAAAAGGAAGUUUGAGUUUGCUGCUCAGAUUUUCUGUUAAGCUUGCUGGUUUGGCCAAUGUUCUAGAUGUUCUGGAAUCUUCAUUCAACGGUUUUGCUUCAGCAAAACUCAAUGACCUUUACCAUCUUCAAGAAAAAAUUUUGAAGACAAAGCAGCACAUGGAGGUUGUAAUUUGGUGUGCAAGACAUAAUUUUCUGGAGGAUGUGAGGUCCCGUCAUACUAAUAUUGCAUCAUGGCGUUCGAAUUUUCGUGAGAGAAAAUCUUCUGCGAUGAAGCGUGCAUGGCCUGAUUUGGUUAUAAAUAAUGCUACCCAGUCCAGUGGGGAUAAUGCCACACUUUUUAUUGAAGAAGCACUUGCAAAUAUUGAUACAGAGGUGGGACAUACAGAUGAUGAUGGAGAAGAAUUUCCUAUUGCAGUCUUGCAACAAGACAAUGGAUCUUUAUUUUUACGGUCAAAAUUGGAGGGUUUGGCAGGAUUGUACCCAUUUGAAAGUUUGAGAGCUGCUAUUGAUUUGCUAUUUUUGUGUGGAAGUUCUGAUAUGGUGGUACCAAAGCAAGCAAUUUUUUUGUACUACCUAUAUGAUUGGCAUUGGACAUUGCCAGAGGACAAAUGGAGAGAAAUUGUUGAUGAUUUUGCCGCCACUUUCAGUAUAACCAGGCAUUCCUUACUGGAAUCAUUUGUCUUUUAUCUUCUGGAUGACCAUACUGAUGAAGCCCUCCAGGAAGCUUGUCGUCUCCUUCCUGAAAUUUCAGGUCCUACUGUUCAUCCCAAGGUGGCCCAGGUUUUGCUAGAAAGGCAGAAUCCUGAUGCUGCUUUGAUGGUUUUGAGGUGGUCAGGUCGAGAUGAACCGCGGUUGGUUUCACUUGAAGAGGCUGUGACUACUGUUCGGGUGCGAGUGGAAUGUGGACUUCUUACUGAAGCUUUCAUGUAUCAGAGAUCUGUCUGCAUGAAAGUCAAAGAACAUAAGUCGCGUGAUGAUUCUUUUCAGCAAGCUUCUGGUGAAACAGGAUAUGCGUGUUGGACAUGGGUACAGUGGGUUGAGGCUUUGGUGACAGAAAUAUGUUGCCUAUGCAUUCGAAGGAAUUUGGUUGAUCGGAUGAUUGAGUUGCCGUGGAAUUUUGAUGAGGAGAAGCAUCUUCACAAAUGUUUGUUGGACUUUGCUAUGGAUGAUCCUUCAUCUAACAUAGGAAGUCUUCUUGUUGUAUUCUAUUUACAGCGUUAUCGGUAUAUCGAAGCUUAUGAAGUUCAUGAUAAGCUUAUCAGCCUGGAGCAGGACAUCGUUUCCGAUGAACAAGUCUCAAUGAGGAUGAGAUCCAUAAGUCAUUGGAGAUCAACAUUAGUUGAGAAGAGCAUAGAGUUAUUGCCUGAUGUACUGCAGCGGCAAUUGAAAUCCGGAAAGCUGCCUGAAACUGUAGUACCUCAUUCUGGCGAAGGUUGUUUUCCAGAACAAUCCAUUGAUGCGAUAAGGAAGGAGCCUCCAUUAACCAGUUUGUUGCUCCCUCCUGUCGAUUCUUCCAUUGAUAAUGCAAUGGAUGAUGUAAUGCCUUCACCAAGAGAUUUGUUGCUGAAUACCUCAUCAAAAGUGGCAGGAUCCAUUUUUAAUCAUUAUAACGAUCAUGGUAAUUCUGGUGCAUCUGUCUCCCGUGUGGGGUUAUUUGGGGAAGCAGAGAAACCAGAUGGAAGCAUAAGAAAAAACUUCAACUUCGACAUCAGCUCCACUGCUCGCCAUUCUAGUCCAUCAGGCACUUCUCCAAUCAGAGGGGUGAACAGCAAUAUAUCACGAAAGGAUCGGAUUAUGCACCUUCAAAAUGGAUCAUUAAACAAAACUCAUAAUCAAAAUGUGUAUUCCCAUAAGGUUGCUGCAAAGCCUGCAACUCCCAGUAGGAGCAACCAUGGUCUGUUUGCAGAUUUUGGUCAGGACUCAGCUAUGCUUGGCAGCAUUGGGUCUUUAACAACUAAACCAGACAUGCCUCAGAUUCCUUUUACAAAUGAUUCCAUGGAUAUAUCUUGGAGUCAUGACGAUGGGGGUGUGUCUGUCGAAAAAGCUAAUUCCAAUGGUGGCCCCAGAUGGCGUUCUGAUGACUCUAGUGAUGAUGAUGGACGCCAAAACCCAGUAACAGCUGCGACUCAUACAAGGAAGAAAAGAGGAUUUAGGCGAGACAGGCUUUCAAGAAGAUGA